UUGGAUCGUCAAAUGUCCAUCAACAGUGUUCCCAAAAAGGUGAUUGCCCAUCUUUUGAAGCCUCGUGGCUGGAAGCCGCCUGUUCGGCGGCAAUUUUUCUUGGACUGCAAUGAGAUGGCUGAUCUUUGUGACAGUGCCGAAAGGAUAUUUGCGAGUGAACCUAGCGUUUUACAGCUUAGGGCUCCUAUUAAGAUAUUUGGUGACUUGCAUGGGCAAUUUGGGGAUCUUAUGCGUCUUUUCGAUGAGUAUGGUUCCCCAUCGACUGCUGGGGAUAUAUCGUAUAUUGACUACCUAUUCUUAGGAGAUUAUGUUGACAGAGGCCAGCACAGUUUGGAAACGAUAACUCUUCUUCUUGCUUUAAAGGUUGAGUAUCCCCUCAAUGUACAUCUAAUUCGUGGGAACCAUGAAGCUGCAGAUAUUAAUGCGCUUUUCGGCUUUCGAAUUGAGUGCAUCGAACGGAUGGGUGAGCGAGAUGGAAUUUGGGCAUGGCAUCGAUUUAAUAGAUUGUUCAACUGGCUACCUCUGGCAGCAUUAAUCGAGAAAAAGAUAAUCUGUAUGCAUGGUGGUAUUGGAAGGUCAAUUAAUCAUGUUGAACAAAUAGAAAAUAUCCAGCGUCCUAUCACUAUGGAUGCUGGCUCAAUUGUUCUUAUGGAUUUAUUGUGGUCUGACCCAACAGAAAAUGAUAGCGUUGAAGGAUUAAGACCAAAUGCAAGAGGUCCAGGGUUGGUCACUUUUGGGCCUGAUCGUGUGAUGGAAUUCUGCAACAACAAUGAUCUUCAACUGAUAGUCCGGGCACAUGAAUGUGUGAUGGAUGGAUUUGAACGAUUUGCUCAGGGACAUUUAAUUACACUUUUCUCAGCCACUAAUUACUGUGGUACUGCUAAUAAUGCUGGUGCUAUCUUGGUAUUGGGUAGAGAUCUUGUUGUAGUUCCGAAACUUAUUCACCCGUUGCCGCCAGCAACAUCUCCUGAAACUUCACCAGAGCGGCAUAUAGAGGACACUUGGAUGCAGGAGCUAAAUGCUAACAGACCACCUACACCAACUAGAGGACGUCCUCAAGUUGCCAACGAUCGAGGUUCUCUCACUUGGAUUUAG